AUGGUCGCCAAAUUUGUCAUCGUAUUGUCCCUGGCCGUGGCGGCUUGCGCCGUGCCGCUGGUGGCGGUGGCCCCGGCAGAGUACGCCGCGCCUGCGCACUACGAGUUCUCGUACUCCGUGCACGACGAGCACAGCGGCGACGUGAAGCAGCAGCAGGAGGCUCGUGAGGGCGACGCCGUGCACGGCUCCUACUCGCUCGUGCAGCCCGACGGCGUGCACCGCAUCGUCGAGUACACCGCCGACAAGGAGCACGGAUUCAACGCCAAUGUGCGCUACGAGGGCACCCCCGUGCACCCCGCCCCCGUCGCCAAGCUCGCCUACGCCGCUCCCGUCGCCAAGCUCGCCUACGCCGCUCCCGUAGCCAAGGUCGCCUACGCCGCUCCCAUCGCCUACGCAGCUCCCGUAGCCAAGCUCGCCUACGCUGCUCCCGUCGCCAAGUUCGUGAUCGUAUUGUCCCUGGCCGUGGCGGCUUACGCCGUGCCGCUGGUGGCGGUGGCCCCGGCAGAGUACGCCGCGCCUGCGCACUACGAGUUCUCGUACUCCGUGCACGACGAGCACAGCGGCGACGUGAAGCAGCAACAGGAGGCUCGUGAGGGCGACGCCGUGCACGGCUCCUACUCGCUCGUGCAGCCCGACGGCGUGCACCGCAUCGUCGAGUACACCGCCGACAAGGAGCACGGAUUCAACGCCAACGUGCGCUACGAGGGCACCCCCGUGCACCCCGCCCCCGUAGCCAAGCUGGCCUACGCCGCUCCCGUAGCCAAGCUCGCCUACGCCGCCCCCGUAGCCAAACUCGCCUACGCCGCCCCCGUAGCCAAGCUCGCCUACGCCGCUCCCGUCGCCAAGGUAGCCUACGCGCCUGCCCCCGUGUCCUACGCUCACGCUCCCGUGGCCUACUCCGCGCCCGUCGCCAAGCUCGCCUACGCCGCGCCCGUAGCGCACGUCACUUACUCCUCUCCCGCCAUCUCCUACCACCACUAG